AUGGAUAAAUCAUCGCAUAUCGAUAAACAUGGCUCAAGAGAUCCAAACACUGCAGAUACGAAUUUGGACAAGCCGCAAUUAUAUCAAACAAUUGUCAAUAUGCCAAACGAACCAACGUCGACACCCACAGCAUCCACAUAUAACAAUGCGGAACAACCCCCGAAGUAUAUAACAACACAGCCUCAACCUAUACAAUAUCCAAGUUUUUCAGCAUCUAUUCAAAACGGCAAAUUCCCUUUGAACGAUGACAAACCAGUGCUCAUUAAGCUUUGUAAAAUCUGUCAGGAAUCUGAUUUAAUAGAGGAUAAAGAAGGAACAUACGUAAAGGGCAAAUUAAUAUCACCAUGUAAAUGUACGGGUUCUAUGCAAUAUGUUCACAUAGGAUGUUUGAAUCAAUGGCGAGCAUCUUCAGCUCGAGAGGAUUCAUCAUACCAAUGUGAAAUUUGCAAAUACGAAUACAAAUUUUAUCGUCCAACCUUUGCGAAAAUUAUUUCUAGUCCUAUUUUUUUACAUUCGGUAACUAUAUUAAUGUUUUUAUUGGUUCUUUAUAGCAUUUCAUGGAUAGUGAAAUUGAUUGAUAUUAGAAUUAAGAAAGGACAAACUAAUUAUGAUAAAUCAUGGAUGGAUGCACCAAUUUUAGGCCUUAAAUUAGUUCAUAUCAUUUAUGGAAUAUGUAUAGUCUCAAUUAUGAGUUUAUGUUAUAUGAUGUUUGAUUCUUGUCGUAAGGGAUAUCAUGAUACAAGAGAUAGUUAUUGCUAUUGUGGUGGGUGCAAUUGUUUUAUGCCUUGGUGUUUUUGGGGCGCUCCUUCUGAUUUAACUGACUUUAGUGCUAUUGCAUUGGUGAUAUUUAUAAUUAUGUUUGCAAUCAUGAUCAUGAUAGGAAUUAUUUUUACUUUGUGUACUGGUUAUUUGUUGUUACAAAAAAAUGUUAAUGCUCAUUUAAAUGGUAUAAAAGAAAGGAUCUUGGAAGUUGAAAAAGAAUUAUAG